AUCGAGCCCAUCGACGAUGCCGCGCGCGCGGCGGAGGGCACCGUUGGCCGCCCGGCCGCUCGGCUGAUGCGCCCCGGAGGGAGGGCCGCGCCGGGCCCGGCUCCUGGGUGAUCGAAGGGGCGGCCGCGCCACCGCCGCCGCCGCCAUGAGGCUCCGCAUCUACAAGCGCAAAGUGCUGGCGCUGCUGCUGGCCCUGGCCGCCGCCGCCUGCGCCCUGGCGCUUUGGGGAGGCGCCGGAGAAACCGGAGGGAAGCGGGAGGCGGACGAUCGGGCGCCGCCGCCGCCUCCACCGCCGCCGCCGGGAGACCAGCCCGGGGUACCGGCCGGCAGCAGCAGCAGCAGCAGCAGCAUCCUCCCCGCCCGCUCCGGCCAGCGGCUGCCCAACGCGUCGUCUCCGGCCUGGCUCCCCGGGGAAGAAGCGGCGGCGUCGGCCAACCGGACGCUGCACUACCGCUCGCUGGUUUACCGGCUCAACUUCGACCAGCCCGUGCGCAACGAGGAGCGUUGGCGGGCGGCGACGGCGGAGGGAGGCGGCGGCGACGGGGCGGACGCUGUGCCGGUGGCGGUGGUGGUGCAGGUGCACGAGCGCGCCGAGCACCUCCGGCUGCUGCUGGCGUCUUUGCGCCGCGCUCCGGGCGCGGAUCGGGUGCUGCUGGUGCUGAGCCACGACGUGUGGUCGGCCGAGCUGAACGCGCUGGCCGCGUCGGUGGACUUUUGCGCCGUGCUGCAGGUCUUCUUCCCCUUCAGCCUGCAGCUCUACCCGGGCGAGUUCCCGGGCACCGAUCCGCGGGACUGUGCCAGGGACGUGGGCCAGGCGGCUGCGCUGCGCCUGGGCUGCCUCAACGCGCAAUACCCGGACGCCUUCGGCCACUACCGCGAGGCGGCUUUUGCGCAAACCAAGCACCACUGGUGGUGGAAGUUGCACUUCGUCUGGGAGAGGGUGCGCGCCCUGCGACGCCACCCGGGGCUGGUGCUCUUCUUGGAAGAGGACCACUACCUGGCACCCGACUUCUACCACGUGCUGCAGCGCCUGUGGGCCGCGCGCCAGAGGGACUGCCCCGAGUGCCAGGUGCUGUCGCUGGGCACCUACGCGCCCGUGCGGGGACCCUUCUCCGGACGGGCCGACAAGCUGGAGCUGAAGACCUGGAAGUCCACCGAACACAACAUGGGCAUGGCCUUUGGGCGGGACACCUACGAGCAGCUGAUGGGCUGCGCCGAGGCCUUCUGCACCUACGACGACUACAACUGGGACUGGACCCUGCAGCACCUGACCGUCAGCUGCCUGCCGCGCUUCUGGAAGGUGCUGGUGCCCGAGAUCCCCAGGGUCUUCCACACGGGCGACUGCGGCAUGCACCACAAGAGGCAGUGCCAGCCCGCCGCCCAGAGUGCCAAAGUCGACGCGCUGCUGGACGCCAACCGGCAGCACCUGUUCCCCGAGACCAUGGCGGUGGGCAAAAGGUACUCGCUGGCCCCGCUGAGCCCCCACGUCAAGAACGGCGGCUGGGGAGACAUUCGGGACCACGAGCUCUGCAAAAGUUACCGCAGGUUGCAGUGAGCCCAGCCGGGCCUGGAUGGAGCCUCGGCCUUUCCCCGUUGGGCCUGUGGGAUCUAGUACAGGCAUGAGCCUGAAACAGGGGGGCGAAAAUGUAUUGAUUGGUUUCUGCUUUAAUAGGGACUGUGGUUAUUACAGAGAGAGAGAGAGAAAAGAAGUGUUUCUGAGGCAGAAAGGUCUAGGGGAAUGUUAAAAAUAAACAUAAAUGCUACUUGUUUACUGGAAGAAUAAUUGACAAUUUUUACCUAGGCCUUUUUAUAAAGUGUUUGUGACACUUUCAAACAA